GCAGCUUGGGCUGGAGAUACGAGGAGCGCGUCCACGGUCCGGCGCAAUAGGGAUCGCUGUUCAAGCCCAUCGCACCGUGUGCCAGAGGAUCAAUGGAUGGACGGGGACACAUUGCAUUACGAAUUAACUUGUCACGCGGCGGUGCGAGGAAUUACGGGCUGUAAUGGGGAAUACGACGCCUAAACCGUUAAUAGAUGCAACUCUGCAACCCCGCCCGGUGGCAAGCAGACCAUAUUACAGCCUGCCCAAUGGUGGGGCAGGUGUGGAAAGAAGGACGUCUGUUCCUCCAGUCAGCAUCGGUCUCGAGUCGCCUCGCUUCCACCCCCAUGCCAAGGGCAAGAACAUCAGACUGGAUGGCCAGCUACGCCGUGCCACACGAAAAAACAGCUUCUGCAAUGGCGUCACCUUCAGCCACAGGCCUGUCCGCCUCUAUGAGAAGGUGCGCCUUCGUCUCACUGGAGUGCACACCGGCUGGAGUGGAGCACUACGCUUCGGUUUCACCAGCCUGGACCCCAGCGAUCUGGCUUCAGCGGACAUCCCCAAAUAUGCCUGUCCAGACUUGGUGACACGGCCUGGCUACUGGGCCAAGGCUCUGCCUGAGAGAUUAGCCCUAAAGGACAAUGUGCUGUCCUUCUGGGCUGAUCGCCACGGCAGAGUUUUCUACAGUAUCAAUGAAGGGGAGCCCAUUCUCUUCCACUGUGGGCUCAGUAUUGGCUGUCCUCUCUGGGCUAUCAUAGACAUUUAUGGCAUCACUCAGGAGGUCACACUACUCGAGAGCACGUUUGCUGAAAGUGUGGCCUCCAGCUGUUUGAGUGCCGCCCGUCUGAGUGCCUAUCUGCCUCAGAGUAGCCACGACUCAGCCAACUACAACAACAACCAGCUGGAGAAUAACCAGGCGGCUGCCGCCAAGAUGGCUAACCUCCAGCUCAACAACUACAGUCAGCUUAUCGCCUGCUGCUCUUCCACAUCUUCCACCUCCUCCUCAUCUGCCUCCACUGCCUUCAGCCUCCCCCGGGCAACCCGGGGCCUCCCAUCCUCUCUGGACAAUGACUUGCACUUUCACCCCGUCCGUGGCUCCGACGUGAUCCUCUCUGCCGACCGCUCCGCUGCCUGCAUCCACUUCCUGGACAGUAGCCGGACUCUGGUGUUCAGUGAUCGGCCGCUGCACAUGGGCGAGACUCUGUUUGUAGAAGUGGGCCAUCUGGGCCUGCCCUACUUUGGGGCUCUGUUGUUUGGUUUGACGUCUUGCGACCCGGCCAGCCUGCAUGCUGUGGAUCUACCAGCAGACCCAGAGGUUCUCCUGGACCGUAAAGAAUACUGGGUGGUUCACCGAGGCUUCCCCAUGCCUUGUUCUGGGGACAUCCUCAGUUUCAGUCUGCUACCGAAUGGAGAGUUGCACCAUGGCGUGAAUGGGACUGGUCGUGGCAGGCUACUCUGCGUGGAUUCCUCCUUGGUCCUGUGGGCUUUUUUCACCCUCCAUGGAGCGGUCAACAGACUCAGGAUACUAGGGACUCAGCAGUCCAGUCCUCCCUCCUCCUCCUCCAGCAGUUCUCAGAGCAGCAGCCAAGACGACAGUGACUCAGAUCUGGCUUUCAGCGUCAACAGAUCCUCCUCUGCCUCUGAAUCUUCACUGGUGACUGCUCCCAGCUCCCCUCUCAGUCCUCCCGUCUCUCCCACUCUCUCUGCCUCAGAGUUGCCCUCCUCUGGGAAAAAUGGGGAAUGCACCGUGUGCUUCGACCAGGAGGUGGACACGGUUAUCUACACCUGUGGGCACAUGUGUCUGUGCAAUGACUGCGGGCUCAAACUCAAGAGACAGAUCAACGCAUGCUGCCCAAUAUGCCGGAGGCCCAUCAAAGAUGUCAUCAAGACAUAUCGGCCAUGAUCUCUCACACACACACACUAAAACGUCCUAGGUGCUGGGAUUUUGAUCUCAUGCACACCGACACCACCUGCCCUGCCUUCUCAGGCUAGGCUGGACAUGGAUUCAAACCUCCAUCCAGAGUUUAGUCAGCCCUGGUUGUAUCUGUGCCUAAAAGUUUUAGUUUAGAAAUGACCUCAGUGAACACUGCACCUGAACCAACUGCUUCACGAGGAACCAAAUCACCAGAAAUAGACUGGGCUUAACUUGCCAGGAUGAUGUGGGAGCUUAAUCACAAUAUAAACUGCCUAUACAGUAGAUGGCUCCCAUUUCAUUACUGAAGCAGGGUUCUGGCGUGGAAAAAGGCCUUUCCACUUGUUAUUUUCUACUCUCUCGUCAUGUCACAUCUGAAAUAUAAAUGUUGAGCAGAUUGGGCUCUCUGCUGUGAAUAUUUUUGUUCUUAUACCCUCAUCUGUCCAAAAUCUGUCUGUGCUUCAGCAGGAUAUGCUGAGUGUUGUAGUUGUCUUGAAUUCUAGUGCCUUAGACGUUCCUCAUAUCGGGCUUCAUUCAGCAAUCGUUUGUAUGUACAAAUUUGUUCUUACACACCGAUGGAAUUUCUUAGCCCUGAAGUUUGUCUCAGAGACCAGUGUAGAACCUGGGUAACCCCUGAAUUUAGACACCAAUUGGCCAACACUGAUGUCUUUGCAAACCUGGGUGAUUGCUCGCUACAAGAGGUAGACAAUAAACGUUGGAGUGAAGGAAUUACAAAUAACCAUCAGGCUUUGCCUGUGCCUUUCAGGCAAUUUUGAGAGCUACAAAAUUUCAGGGGCAUGUAAGAACAAAUUUGUAGGCAUGUCUUUAUGCAUGCCCAAUAAUCCAGGUAAGAAAAUUACAGAAAGUUUAUUUAGUUCAUCUGCACACAAACAUUUGAGAAACGUUUCAUCACUCAUCUAAUUCGACCUCUUCAGUCUCAACUGACUGCAGGUAUUCCCCACUCUUAUAAACAAUACAGUGGCAUAACGACUUUAAAUAAGGAUCGGUUUCAGUUUUCAGUCGUUAUGCCACUGUAUUGUUUAUAAGGGUGGGGAUACCUGCAGUCAGUUGAGACUGAAGAGGGCACUUAGAAUGAGUGAUGAAAUGUUUCUCAGUGAACAUUGUGUGCAGAUGAACCGAUUCAACUUUGUGUGAAAUUUGUAGGUACGAACGAUUGAUGAACGAGGAUCAAGUGUCCGCGU